AUGGGUAUGCGCACAUAUGUCAGAAUCACCAAUAGGAGCUGGGCUCUCGAGGACUGGAUUAUGGCAGUCGGUUGCUUACCACUUAUGACUCUUACCAUCGUCACUACUAUCGGUUCUUACUAUGGCAUUGGCGCCAAAGACAGUACUUUCGCUCGACCCGGUAACCAGAAGUAUGUCGAGACAGCAUACUUUUGGUUCUUCUUCUAUCAAAUCUUUUACUGCACAUCUAUCAUCUUCAUCAAGCUGAGCAUUGCCUUCAUGUUGAACCGGAUAGCUGGUAGAAGGAUGAUCUUCAUCUACAUCAACUACGCCAUCAUGGGUCUCUGCGCGGCCACCAAUCUAGCAGCCAUUCUCUACAUCAUCUUCCAGUGUUCCCCCGUCGAGGCCGCUUGGAGAGCUGAUCUUAGGGCAAAGGGGACGUACUGCAAGCCUUCGGUCUACUUGCAGAACGUCUACUUCUUCUGCACCUCGGUCAACAUCUUCACUGACUGGGCUACUGCUCUCAUGCCGAUCGCGCUCCUUUGGAAUGUUCAGAUGAACAGAAAUACCAAGAUCUCAGUUGCUGGCAUUCUGGGUUUGGGUAUCUUCACAUCAGUAUCAGGUUUGGUCCGUCUGAAAUACACCGUUGGCCUGACAAGCAGCCACGACUACCUUUACGGCCUCGCCAACAUCCUCAUCUGGGGCUACGCCGAACCCGCCCUCGGCAUGCUCGUCGGUAACAUUGCAACCCUCCGCCCGCUCUUCCAGCGCCUCCUCCAUCUCGGCUCGAGCGGCUCCCAGCAGCCUCACUCGGGAGGGACACCGCACGGACUCAGCAACGACGGUGGCCGUUCGCAUCGCUACAAGCCAUUUGACCACGAACUCGAGCUAGGCACCAUCGCGGACAAUAAGGAUGGGCAUAUGCCUUCGAUCCAAGUUCGUGGUGGACGUGAUAGCGUAUCGAGUGACAGCGAGAGCCAGAAAGAAAUGCUGGGGAAGAACGAUCGGUUUUUGAAUAACAACAAGGAUAGUAUUAUUGUUAGUCGGCAUGUGGAGGUGUGUCACGAGUGA